AGGGAGCGGGGCGAACAUGGCUGACAGCAGCCAGGGCGUCCCAACGAGCAGCGGGGCUUGCGGCGAGCAGGACCCGGUCGCCAGCAGCAACUUUCCAGAGUACGAGAUGCCGGAGCUAAACACACGCGCUUUCCACGUGGGCGCCUUCGGGGAGCUGUGGCGUGACCGGCUGCGCGGGCAAGGGGAUUUGUCGCUGAAGGAGCCGCCGGCAUCCGAGCUGCCUGGGCCAGGAGGGGUCGCCGACCCCGGCUGGGACGAUGCCGCGGUGGCGCGGGAUCUGGGCUGCGAUCUGGAGGCAGCGACCGAGCUGAGGGCAGUUUGCGGCCUCGAUAAACUGCGGUGCCGUGAGGAGGACGAGGACCCAGAAGUCAUCCCCGAGGAUACUGACCUAGUGACUUUGGGAGUUAGAAAGAAGAUUUUGGAACGUCGGGAAGAAACAUUAACGAUAGAUCGAGCCUGCAGACAAGAAGUACUUGCUUAUGAGAUGGAGUCACAUGCCAUAGGAAAAAAGCCUGAAAAUCCAGCAGACAUGAUAGAAGAGGGGGAACUUAUCCUCUCUGUGAAUGUCUUCUACCCUGUUAUAUUUCAUAAGCACAAAGAACACAAACCAUACCAGACGAUGCUGGUACUGGGCAGCCAGAAGCUCACGGAACUAAGGGAUUCAAUUUGCUGUGUCAGUGACCUCCAGAUUGGUGGGGAAUUCAGCAACACUCCUGACCAGGCCCCUGAGCACAUCAGCAAAGACCUAUACAAAUCAGCCUUCUUUUAUUUUGAAGGAACGUUUUAUAAUGAUAGAAGAUACCCUGAAUGCAGAGAUCUGAGCAGAACUAUCAUUGAGUGGUCAGAGUCCCAUGACAGAGGCUAUGGAAAGUUUCAGACUGCUAAAAUGGAAGAUUUCACCUUCAAUGACUUAAAUAUUAAAAUGGGUUUUCCCUAUUUAUACUGUCACCAGGGAGACUGUGAACAUGUUGUUGUCAUUACUGACAUAAGGCUUGUGCAUCGAGAUGACUGCUUGGAUAGAACACUUUAUCCCCUUCUUAUCAAGAAGCAUUGGCUAUGGACCAGAAAAUGUUUUGUUUGUAAAAUGUACACAGCCAGAUGGGUGACCAACAAUGACAGUUUUGCACCAGAUGAUCCAUGUUUCUUUUGUGAUGCUUGCUUCCGAAUGCUUCAUUAUGACUCAGAAGGCAACAAACUGGGGGAAUUCCUCGCUUAUCCUUAUGUUGAUCCUGGAACAUUUAAUUAAUAACCAAUAAAAAGUGUACACUGUAGGAGUAUGACCAACCUGAAAUAAUCAGCUACAGAUACCCCUACCCCACCCCCAAAAUUUGAAAUUACAGAUUUUCUUAUAAAGUAACUUGACCUAAAUGAUUAAAAAUAUAUUUUACUAUUACACAAUAUAGUUCAUAUUCAGUUCAGUGCAUUUUGCCCAUCUUAAGUGUAUUUAUCUUACAGAAGGAGCGCUUUAUAUACUGAAUACAAAUCCUUUGCCAUGUAUCGUAUUCUGAUUUUUCUCCCAGUCUACGGCUUGCCUAUUCAUGUAUCCUAAAUACUUUUUUGCUAAUCAUUAGCAAAAUUCAAUUGGUGUUACAUCAAGUGUUGGAAGUACUUUGAAAAUUAUUUGAAGAAUGUGAACUACACCAUAUAUCAUGAGGCUUCCAAGGUAAAGAUUUUUCAAAUAUCUAAUAAAAAUGAGGAAGAAUAAAAGUAGAUCAUUUAAUAAAUACAAUAUUAAUAGCUAUUGUGUAAUUUAAUCUCACAGAUGGCUCUUGUUUUGGUAGAAACUAUGUACAAUAUACAUUUUAUUUUAAAAUAUAUUUAUUGAUUUCGGUGAGGGAGACAGAAACACCAAUGAUGAGAAUCAUUGA